GGGGACGGUGCGCGCGGCUGCAGCGGCGGGGCCGGCGGCUGGACGCGCGGAGCGCCAUGGCGGUAGCCGAGCGCCGCGCCUUCGCGCACAAGAUCAACAGGACGGUGGCUGCCGAGGUGCGGAAGCAGGUGUCCCGGGAACGCAGUGGCUCUCCCCACUCCAGCAGGCGCUGCAGCAGCUCCCUGGGGGUCCCACUGACUGAAGUCAUUGAGCCGCUGGACUUUGAGGAUGUGCUCCUGAGCCGGCCGCCAGAUGCAGAGCCUGGGCCACUCCGGGACCUGGUCGAGUUUCCAGCUGAUGACCUGGAGCUGCUGCUGCAGCCCCGGGAAUGCCGCACCACGGAACCUGGGAUCCCCGAGGAUGGAAAGCUGGAUGCCCAGGUGAGGGCUGCCGUGGAGAUGUACACGGAGGACUGGAUCAUCGCCCACAGGAGGUACCAGCACCUGAGUGCAGCAUACAGCCCCAUCACCCUAGAGACGCAGCGAGAGAGGCAGAAGGGCCUCACCCGCCAGGUCUUCGAGCAGGACGCUUCUGGGGAUGAGAGGUCCAGCCCAGACGACUCGGAUGACCCCCGGCACUCCUCAGGCUCCCCAGACGACACCCCACGGAGCAGUGGUGCCUCUGGCAUCUUCGACCUGAGGAACUUGGCAGCCGACUCAUUGCUGCCCUCACUGCUGGAGCGCGCGGCCCCGGAGGAUGUGGACCGGCGCAAUGAGGCCCUGCGGCGGCAGCACCGGUCCCGUGCCCUGCUCACCCUCUACCCGGCGCCCGACGAGGAUGAGGCCGUGGAACGCUGCAGCCGCCCGGAGCCACCCCGAGAGCACUUCGGACAGAGGAUCCUGGUCAAGUGUCUGUCGCUUAAGUUCGAGAUAGAAAUCGAGCCCAUCUUUGGCAUCUUGGCCCUGUACGACGUGCGGGAGAAGAAGAAGAUCUCGGAGAACUUCUACUUUGACCUGAACUCAGACUCCAUGAAGGGGCUACUGCGGGCCCAUGGCACCCAUCCUGCCAUCUCCACCCUGGCCCGCUCUGCCAUCUUCUCCGUGACCUAUCCCUCGCCCGACAUCUUCUUGGUCAUCAAGCUGGAGAAGGUGCUGCAGCAGGGGGACAUCAGCGAGUGCUGCGAGCCCUACAUGGUGAUGAAGGAGGUGGACACAGCCAAGAACAAAGAGAAGCUAGAGAAGCUGCGCCUGGCGGCUGAGCAGUUCUGCACCCGUCUGGGCCGCUACCGCAUGCCCUUUGCCUGGACGGCGGUGCACCUGGCCAACAUUGUGAGCAGCGCGGGCCAGUCGGACCGGGACUCGGACUCGGAGGGCGAGCGCCGACCCACUUGGACUGACCGCCGCCGUCGGGGGCCCCAGGACCGGACGAGUAGCGGGGACGACGCCUGCAGCUUCUCCGGCUUCCGCCCAGCCACGCUAACUGUCACCAACUUCUUUAAGCAGGUGCCGUGGCUCGGGGGGCAGGGGGCUAAGGGCUACCCCCCUGUGGCUGCCCGGGCCCCGGGGACCCCAAGCCCCUCAGCCCUGGUUCACCAGGGAGGGUCCCUGCAGGAAGCUGAGCGGCUCAGUGACGAGGACCUCUUCAAGUUCCUGGCUGACAUGCGGCGCCCGACAUCCCUGCUGCGGCGCCUGCGGCCUGUGACCGCCCAGCUCAAGAUUGACAUCUCCCCAGCCCCUGAGAACCCCCACUUCUGCCUCUCCCCGGAGCUGCUUCAUGUCAAGCCCUACCCAGACCCCAGGGGUCGGCCCACCAAGGAGAUUCUGGAGUUCCCCGCCCGUGAGGUCUACGCCCCCCACACCAGCUACAGGAACCUGCUGUACGUGUACCCACACAGCCUCAACUUCAGCAGCCGCCAGGGCUCCGUGCGCAACCUCACUGUGCGAGUGCAGUACAUGGCGGGCGAGGACCCCAGCCAGGCCCUGCCGGUCAUCUUUGGCAAGUCCAGCUGCAGUGAAUUCACCCGCGAGGCCUUCACACCAGUGGUCUACCAUAACAAGUCCCCUGAAUUCUACGAGGAAUUUAAGCUGCGUCUUCCGGCCUGUGUGACCGAGAACCACCACCUGCUCUUCACCUUCUACCACGUCAGCUGCCAGCCCCGGCCAGGCACAGCCCUGGAGACUCCUGUGGGCUUUACUUGGAUCCCACUGCUGCAGCACGGCCGCCUGAGGACCGGCCCCUUCUGCCUCCCUGUGUCCGUGGAUCAGCCCCCGCCCAGCUACUCCGUGCUCACACCGGACGUGGCGCUGCCGGGCAUGCGCUGGGUGGAUGGCCACAAGGGUGUGUUCAGCGUGGAACUCACGGCUGUGUCGUCUGUGCACCCCCAGGACCCCUACCUGGACAAAUUCUUCACCCUGGUGCACGUCCUGGAGGAAGGGGCCUUUCCAUUCCGGCUCAAGGAUGCCGUGCUGAGCGAGAGCACCGUGGAACAGGAGCUGCGGGCCAGCCUGGUGGCCCUGCGACUCGCCAGCCCUGAACCCCUUGUCGCCUUCUCCCACCACGUACUGGACAAGCUCGUACGCCUGGUCGUGCGGCCCCCGAUCAUCGGCGGCCAGAUCGUAAACCUGGGUCGUGUAGCCUUUGAAGCAAUGGCUCAUGUAGUCAGCCUCGUCCACCGGAGCCUGGAGGCUGCCCAGGAUGCCCGUGGUCACUGCCCACUGCUGGCUGCCUAUGUCUACUAUGCCUUCCGACUGCCUGGCACGGAGCCCAGCCUCCCAGGCGGGGCCCCUCCAGUGACGCUGCAGCCUGCCACGCUGGCCCAUGGCCCUGGCCGCCCCGCAAGCCUCUACCUGGCCCGCUCUAAGAGUAUCAGCAGCAGCAACCCUGACCUGGCCGUGGCCCCUGGCUCCGUGGAUGACGAGGUCUCCCGCAUCCUGGCCAGCAAGGGUAUCGACCGCUCACACUCCUGGGUGAAUUCUGCUUAUGCUCCAGGAGGCAGCAAGGCGGUGCUGCGACGGGCACCCCCUUAUUGUGGGGCCGACCCCAGACAGGCCAUCGACCGCAGCUCUAGCCGAACCUCUUCCUACCUCGAGGGCUCCUCCUCAACCCCACCAGCCACCCAGCCGAGACCCACUGUGCAGAAGCUGCUUCACGAGGAGCUGGCCCUGCAGUGGGUGGUCAGCGGCAGUGCCGUGCGUGAGGCUGUCCUGCAGCAUGCCUGGUUCUUCUUCCAGCUCAUGGUGAAAAGCAUGGCGCUGCACCUGCUUCUGGGCCAGAAGCUGGACACACCCCGCAAGCUUCGCUUCCCUGGGCGCUUCCUGGAUGACAUUGCUGCCCUGGUGGGCUCUGUGGGCCUGGAGGUCAUCACCCGUGUCCACAAGGACGUGGAGCUGGCCGAGCACCUCAACGCCAGCCUGGCCUUCUUCCUCAGUGAUCUGCUGUCCCUGGUGGACCGCGGCUUUGUCUUCAGCCUGGUCCGGGCUCACUACAAGCAGGUGGCCACACGGCUGCAGUCGGCUCCCAACCCGGCGGUGCUGCUGACCCUGCGCAUGGACUUCACCCGCAUCCUAUGCGGCCAUGAGCACUACGUGACCCUCAACCUCCCUUGCUGCCCCCUGUCGCCCCCGGCCUCACCCUCACCCUCCGUAUCUUCCACCACCUCGCAGAGCUCCACCUUUUCCAGCCAGGCCCCAGACCCCAAGGUGAUCAGCAUGUUCGAGCUGAGUGGGUCGUUCCGGCAGCAGCACUUCCUGGCUGGGCUCCUGCUGACGGAACUGGCCCUGGCCCUGGAACCUGAGGCCGAGGGGGCGUCCCUGCUGCACAAGAAGGCCAUCAGUGCUGUCCACAGCCUGCUCUGUGGUCAUGAUGCUGACCCCCGCUACGCCGAGGCCACUGUGAAGGCCCGGGUGGCCGAGCUAUACCUGCCACUGCUGUCACUGGCGCGGGACACACUGCCACGGCUGCAUGACUUUGCUGAGGGUCCAGGUCAGCGGUCAAGACUGGCCUCUAUGCUCGACUCAGACACAGAAGGGGAAGGGGACAUGGGAGGCACCAUCAACCCCUCAGUGGCCAUGGCCAUCGCUGGUGGCCCCCUGGCCCCUGGCUCCCGGGCCAGCGUCUCCCAGGGCCCAGCGACAGCUGCUCGCUCAGGCUGUGCCCUCUCUGCCGAGUCUAGCCGGACCUUGCUGGUGUGUGUGCUGUGGGUCUUGAAGAAUGCUGAGCCAGCCCUGCUGCAGCGCUGGGCUGCGGACCUGGCCCUCCCUCAGCUGGGUCGUCUCUUGGACUUGCUGUACCUCUGUCUGGCUGCCUUUGAAUACAAGGGGAAAAAGGCCUUUGAACGUAUCAACAGUCUCACGUUCAAGAAAUCACUGGACAUGAAGGCCCGGCUGGAGGAAGCUAUCUUGGGCACCAUCGGAGCCCGACAGGAGAUGGUGCGACGGAGCCGUGAGAGGAGCCCAUUUGGGAACCAGGAGAAUGUACGCUGGCGGAAGAGCGUCACACACUGGAGACAAACCUCGGACCGUGUGGACAAGACCAAGGAUGAAAUGGAACACGAGGCCUUGGUGGACGGGAACCUGGCAACCGAGGCAAGCCUGGUGGUUCUGGAUACACUGGAGAUCAUCGUGCAGACGGUGAUGCUGUCAGAGGCCCGGGAGAGUAUCUUGGGCGCGGUACUGAAGGUUGUGUUGUACAGUCUGGGCAGUGCCCAGAGUGCCCUCUUCUUGCAGCACGGCCUGGCCACACAGCGGGCCCUGGUAUCCAAGUUCCCAGAGCUGCUGUUUGAGGAGGACACAGAGCUGUGUGCCGACCUCUGCUUGAGGCUCCUGCGACACUGCGGCAGCCGCAUCAGCGCCAUCCGUACGCACGCCAGCGCCUCCCUCUACCUCCUCAUGCGCCAGAAUUUCGAGAUUGGCAACAACUUUGCCCGCGUGAAGAUGCAAGUGACCAUGUCGCUUUCGUCCCUGGUGGGGACAACGCAGAACUUCAGCGAAGAGCACCUGCGACGUUCACUCAAGACCAUCCUCACCUAUGCCGAGGAGGAUGUGGGGCUGCGGGACAGCACCUUUGCUGAGCAGGUCCAGGACCUGAUGUUCAACUUGCACAUGAUCCUGACUGACACGGUGAAGAUGAAGGAGCAUCAGGAGGACCCGGAAAUGCUCAUUGACCUCAUGUACAGGAUUGCCCGGGGCUACCAGGGCUCCCCAGACCUGCGGCUGACAUGGCUGCAGAACAUGGCGGGGAAGCACGCGGAGCUGGGCAACCACGCGGAGGCUGCGCAGUGCAUGGUUCACGCGGCCGCCCUGGUGGCCGAGUACCUCGCUCUGCUGGAGGACAGCCGCCACCUGCCUGUGGGCUGUGUUUCCUUCCAGAACAUCUCGUCCAACGUGCUGGAGGAGUCCGCCAUCUCUGACGACAUCCUGUCGCCCGAUGAGGAGGGCUUCUGUUCCGGGAAGCACUUCACGGAGCUGGGGCUGGUGGGGCUGCUGGAACAGGCGGCCGCCUACUUCACCAUGGGUGGGCUCUACGAGGCAGUGAAUGAGGUCUACAAGACCCUCAUCCCCAUCCUGGAAGCCCACCGCGACUACAAGAAGCUGGCUGCUGUGCACGGCAAACUGCAGGAGGCCUUCACCAAGAUCAUGCACCAGAGUUCCGGCUGGGAGCGUGUGUUCGGGACAUAUUUCCGCGUGGGCUUCUACGGUGCCCGCUUCGGUGACCUAGAUGAACAGGAGUUCGUGUACAAGGAGCCAUCCAUCACGAAGCUGGCCGAGAUCUCACACCGGCUGGAGGAGUUCUACACGGAGAGAUUUGGGGAGGACGUGGUCCAGAUCAUCAAAGAUUCUAACCCUGUGGACAAGACCAAGCUGGACCCCCAGAAGGCCUACAUCCAGAUCACGUACGUGGAGCCGCACUUCGACACCUAUGAGCUCAAGGACCGGGUGACCUACUUCGACCGCAACUACGGGCUGCGAACCUUCCUGUUCUGCACGCCCUUCACGCCGGACGGGCGCGCACACGGAGAGCUGCCCGAGCAGCACAAGCGCAAGACGCUGCUCAGCACAGACCACGCCUUCCCCUACAUCAAGACACGAAUCCGCGUGUGCCACCGGGAGGAGACAGUGCUGACGCCAGUAGAGGUGGCCAUUGAGGACAUGCAGAAGAAGACUCGGGAGCUGGCCUUCGCCACCGAGCAGGACCCGCCUGAUGCCAAAAUGCUACAGAUGGUGCUGCAGGGCUCCGUGGGGCCCACUGUAAACCAGGGUCCACUGGAGGUGGCCCAGGUGUUUUUGGCCGAGAUCCCGCAAGACCCUAAGCUCUUCAGACAUCACAACAAGCUGCGGCUCUGUUUCAAGGACUUCUGCAAGAAGUGCGAGGAUGCGCUGCGGAAGAACAAAGCCCUGAUUGGGCCGGACCAGAAGGAGUACCACCGGGAGCUGGAGCGCAACUACUCCCGCCUGCGGGAGGCUCUGCAGCCUCUGCUCACCCAGCGCCUGCCUCAGCUGCUGGCGCCAAACACAGCCGGCUUCAGGAACUCCUUGAACAGAGCAAGUUUCCGGAAGGCUGACCUCUGAGCCCACAGGGCCUGAAGCCACACCCAGAGGAACCAGCACCCUGGACUCAGCUGUCUGUGCCUUCCUGACAGUCUCCCCCACUGCCCACUCAGCCAUGGGGUGACCACAUCGCACAUGGGUCUGGGCCCUCUGUCCCUCUGUUCUCGUCUGUGUGCACUGAUGCCUCUUACCUUUUCUAAUUUAAAAUGGUUUUUAUAAACA